AUGCUUGGGACUUUCAUUCUUUCUUUGCUUUCUGCGGCGCUGGGCGCCAGCGCUGCUGUUUCUCGGUCUAACCUUAAGACUCACGUCGAUGUGCUGGCACUCGACUACGCCUUUGACCCCGUGAAGGCGGCGUACUGGACUGGAUAUCCUCACCACCGUCGUACUCCUUUUGCGGUGUCGCCCGAUGGGAAAUCAGCGUACAUUGCCUAUCUUGACUCCAGUGCCACGGAUGUUCAUGUACAGCAGCUGGAUCCUACCACCUUUGCUGCUACUGGUACAUCUGUGACCGUCUCUGGUGGAAAGGAAGCUGGAGGUCUUGUGGCUCACAAUGAUGGAUUUGCCCUUCUCACCAACGAGGCGAUGCCUUCUGGCACCACCAAUGCACCACCGAGUGAUACCCCUGUUCCUGUGCUCUACCGCUACACCUCAGGAAAACAGACAUGGAAAACCUGGCUGGGUGGACCUGGUGUGCACGAGUCCGAAGGGCUUUCUGCCUCUCCCGACAUGAACGGCGAUCUCGUCUACUCCGAGAGUGCAGAGCUCUACGGCGCGUACUUCGUCGUUACUGAUUACUCCGGCGACGCGUCGGGCCAUUUCGGUGACAGCGUCGAGUACAUCUCGGCCAGCGGAAAAUUGGAAACAAUAACUGGUGCUAGCAGUGCAUGGGGUUGCAGCCACAACACCGGUAUUGCAUUCGAAGCAGCCGACGACGCCCCCUUCGCCGGUAUAUGCGCCGAGGAUCAGGGCGCAAUCUGGCUGAACACCAAGACGCAAGGAAUGUCGAACAACGGAGUCAAAAUUUCCAAUGAGAACACUACGAACGGUGCGUCUGGUGAGCCUAUGGGUGGCAUGUCUGGUAGCUACAGUGCGUUGGCUCGGUUUGCCGAUACCACCAAGUAUAUCUUCGCCUGGGUUUCCCGCGGCGCAAUUGAUGUAACAGAGAACGCCUGGAUGGGAACUGGCUACACGAACGUGCAGAACCGCACAAACGGUCGCAAUGUUGCUAUUUCGCUUUUCUCUGACAAGUAUACCAAGGUUGGAGCCCAGGCCACAUCUGAGGUCGGCACCGAGGAUGGAGAUAGCCAGGUCAACUGGGUGACCUCUGGAUCGAACGAUUGCUCAAAUGCUCACGCUGCCGCCUUUGGGAGUAGCAAUGCCCUCGUCACCUGGGAGGAGAUCUCAAACCCGACUUGUGACUUCAUUGCCAUGGGAUGCCGUGGUACCUUUGCUGGAACUUACUUCCAGCAAGUUGACUCCACCGGUUCCAAGGUUGGUGAGGCUUUCAGCUCUGACGAUGUUUACGUUGCUGGUGACAUGGUCACUAUGUCAGAUGGUAGAAUCUGCUGGCCCUAUGUCAACAUGACUUGGGACCUCUCACAGCCCAUUGAUGACUCCUCGUCCUCUGCGACUGGAAAAAAGAUGAGCAUUGCUUGCGUGGGCCUCGAUGGUACAACCGAUUCCUCCACGACCGCCGUCGCUAGUGUCACCACCGGCGCGACCGCAAAGGUCGCCGUUAGUGAGAGUGCGAGUGCAGUCGCCAAAGCUGCUUCGAUUGAGACCACCGUCGAAGCCCCAAGCCAGACUACUGAAGCCGCAGCCGAGGCAACAAAUGGGAGCAUCCCCGCAAUCGGAGGCGGACCUGGGAACGCAUCUAGCCGUUCUAUGAUCGAAAUCCCAAUCUAUGCUACCAGUGCCGCCGCCAGUGGUGUCGUGGAUGCGACCGCAAGUGGACCAGAGAGUGGACCUCCGGCUGCCACUACCAUUUAUACUCCCAACACCCCCAGCGGGGUUCCCGUGGCGAGCGAAAUCCCCACUGAUACCUGGAGCGCAAUUCCAAGCAGGGUUGUCAGUGCAAUCCCGAGCGGCACUCCUACCGGAAUAGCCAGGGGCCAUGGGCGAAAACAUGGCCAUGGCUGGGGACACCACGGCACAGAACACCACAGUUCGGGACACCACAGUUCGAGAUAUGAUGAGGUCCCUGACAUCGAGCCUCAGGUCAGUGGGGCUUGCAAAUAA